AUGAGAUCAAGGGCGCGCCCAAGAAAACCGGAAACCCCGCCAGCCGCGCCCCGGCUCAGCGGGAUGAAAUUGUCCUUGCACAUGGGCACCAAGCUGCACACGGAGAUUCUGAGCGUUUACCACUGGGUCAAGCCACCGAGUUACGAACAGAUUGUCCGAGAGGACUUGGUGGCGCGACUUCAGUCUUCUUUUCAGAGCAGGUACUACGGUGUUCAAAUCCGAUCAUUCGGAUCAGAGUGGCAUUCGGUGCGGCGGUUCAGUAAGGAUUUUGCGGCGCGGUUACGCCACUCUAAUUGA